AUGGCGUUCUUUGAGGCCCUCAAAGAUAAGGCCGUCAACACGUUCAACCAGGUUUUGGACAGGGCCCCGGCUAAUGGCUUGUCUAGAGACGAGGCCUUUUGCAGAGAACACAACCUUCCGGACGGAGAGGUGAUUCUAGAUGAGCUGGCGGUGGAGAUCAGCUGCAAGCCAGAAAACUCGAGAGACGCCUACAACGUGCUGUAUCCGCAAGGCCGGAUCUACUUGACACAGCACUUUCUUGUGUUUCGGGACGUUUUCGACCGCAGAAAUUGCUCCUUCGUGAUUCACCUCAGUACGGUCAAGAAGGUCGAGAGGCUCCCCACCAGCUCCUAUGGCUUUGCAUUGUCCAUUGGCACGCACAGCCGGAUCAACGUCAAGAUCUACCUCGUGGGCUUGCGGUCCGAGAGUGAGCGCUUCUCGCUGCAGUUGAAGAUGUCCUUGAAGAAGAACUUACCCAAUGUCAAGAAGCUUCCGCCAUUUAUCCAGACGUGCUACUCCGAGUACCUUUUGGCCAAGAACAAGGUCAGCAACGAGAAGGUCGAACACAUGCCUCCCGGCGGGUUGGGCGUCAAGUUCAAGUUCCCUGGUGACGCUAAGGCCAACAGGGACAAGACCAAGAUGAAGUUGUGGUUUGACCUCUUCCGGGUCGACGGCCGCAAUUUGUCGCUUAUCAAGACACCCAUGUUCUACAAGCUCGUACGUGUGGGCCUUCCGAACAGGCUUAGAGGCGAGAUCUGGGAGUUGUGCUGUGGCUCUAUCUACCUCAGGUUGGACCACACCAACGAGUACGAAACGCUUCUCAAGGAAAACGAGGGCAAGAAGUCCGUGGCCAUCGAGGAGAUUCAGAAGGAUUUGAACAGAUCGCUUCCAGAGUACGCUGCCUACCAGGACAAGGAGGGUAUCGAUAGAUUACGCAGAGUGCUCACGGCUUACUCGUGGAAGAACCCCGAUAUCGGCUACUGCCAGGCCAUGAACAUCGUGGUGGCGGCUUUGCUUAUUUACAUGUCAGAGGAACAGGCCUUCUGGUGUCUUAAUGUGUUGAUCGAUCGCGUGGUCCCAGGCUACUACUCGAGAACCAUGUACGGCACUUUGCUCGAUCAACGUGUGUUUGAGUCACUCGUGGAGAACUCCAUGCCCGUGCUCUGGAAUCACAUCUCGAAAUACGACAUUCAAUUGUCCGUCAUUUCUCUUCCAUGGUUCCUUUCGUUAUACUUGACAUCCAUGCCCUUGGUGUUUGCAUUCAGAAUCCUCGAUGUAUUCUUCCUCCAGGGUCCCAAGACUCUUUUCCAGGUGGCCUUGGCCAUUCUUAAGGUUAACGGUGAGGAGCUUUUGAAGGCAGAAGAUGACGGCACCUUCGUCUCCAUCCUCAAGGAGUACUUUCUCACCUUAGACCAGUCCGCUCAUCCUAACGCUCCAAACCCCAAAUACAGUCUGGUUACAAAAUUCCAAGAGCUCAUGGUUACCGCCUUCAAAGAGUUCUCGGUGAUCAAUGAAGAGGUCAUUGAGAGACAUAGAGCUAAGCACAGAAAUACCAUCUUCCUGAGCAUCACCACCUUUGUCAAGAGAACAGAGUUGAGAAAUUUGCCAAAGACAGCAAACCUUUCACAGACGGAUAUCUCGUUACUCUAUGACAGAUUCUAUUCUAUCGUCACCUCCACCAUCACGGUCGGCACAGGUGCUUCAGAAAUGCAUUUUGACGCAUUCAAAAUCUUCAUGCAGCAGAUUUGUGAUUGGGUAGAGACGGAACCUAAUGACGACGCUGCUAAGCAGGAGGCUUUCCUUCAAAGACUAUUCGAUAACUGGGAUUCCAAGUCCGAAGGUUCACUCUCCUUGGCUGACCUUGUGGUUGGUUUGAACAAGCUUUUAGAGCCCGACUUACUCACGUCUAUCUCCAACUUCUUUUCACUUUACAGCAAGGAUGACAAGGUUGACCGAGAGGGAAUUUUGACAAUUUCCGAAGACUUGCUUUACAUCACAUCCCCAUGGAAGAAGGGUUUACUUUUAGAUUCUCUUACAGAGACCGCCAUUGAAAAUGCUAUUGCUGAUGAGCUCUACAAGCAACAGAAAGAGUCAGGCAAUCCGAAUGGUGAGGGUAUCCAAAUUCCACAAAGCUUUGAUCUCGAUAAGCAGAGAAUUGAAAAUAUGCAACUCGAGAGAUAUCUUUCUGCGGCCAGCACUUUCAUCCAAAGAGCAUUUGAGUAUGCUCAGCCAGUUGAAGAUGAAGAGGUGUUGAUUGAGGAGCUUAAGAUCGACAACACAAUUUCCAGUAAUGCUGCAUUGAACCCUAAUACUCCCGUUUACCUAAAUUUGCCUACCUUCAGGAUGGUGGUCUUAGCUGAUGAGACUUACGAGCUUUUCUUCAGCAAUACCUUCCGUGGGUCCUUCCACAUUGAUAAGCCGCUUGACUCCAAGAUGAAUACCAUGCGUAACUUGAGAGACAUGUUUGAUGGACUUAUCGCUGAUGGACGUGAGGUGGCCAAGAAGGUGCGUCGUCGUAUGGACUCUCAAGCUACACCACCUCAGCAUAGCGACAACUCGUCUGUCCAGUCAGGUAAGUCCUCCAAAGCACAAGAAGAGGAGGAUGAAAGAGAUGAUGACUUUGGAGUUAUCGACAUCGACGAGAACGAUAAAAAUCUUGUCCUUGGAGCCGAGGCACAGGUUAUGGUUGGCUCUGUCAACGACACCAAGGAGGAAGAGAAGAGGAUUGAGUCUCUCAAGAAGGCUGAAGCUUCGGAGGAUCGCAAAAAGCAAAAUAAUGACGGAAAUCUCAUUGAGUUUGAGACAUGA